AUGGCAAGGCAGAAAAAGACAACUGUUAUGAUGGUUUUUGGUUGUCGCCUACCACUCAUUGCGAUCACCGUGCUCCGCCUCAAGUAUCUCACCGCUGGCCUUCGGUCUUCCGACCCUACCCUUGACGACCUACCUACGGUUCUCGCGACCCAGGUAGAGCUCGGAUGGAGUCUUAUCUCUGCCACUGUUCCCUGUAUUAAUCCCUUCAUAAGAGCCGUCAGCACAAGGUAUGGAGCUAUGGAUUCAGAGACCAUGAUGGACGGUAACCACAUGUACGAUACGCGCAAACCAAAAGGCGCUCACAGCAGCUAUGGGCUUCGAUCCAUCUUUUCCAGGAAGAACGCCCUUAAUUUCAAGCAAUCCGAGAAACCGGUCACUUCUGUACACUCCGGUCGCCGCGAAUCAGCAGCGCAGGAAAUCAUCAUCCACGCAGAAGGAAAGGAUUAUGACAGAGACGCAAGAAGUCCGCAGAUCUACCGUGGCGAUCAUUCUUCGAACACCGCGCGAGUCUUCUCGGAAGGCCGUGUCGACGCUGACAGUGUUGAUGAAGAGAGCAAUGACAGCACCAAGAUGAUCAUCAAGAAAGAGGUGCAGUGGUUCGUGGAAAGCGACAAGAAUACCGUCUCCACUGUGAAUACUGGUGGUGCUUCGUUGGAAAUGGCGGAUCAGACCACCAAGGCUUCCACGGAGCUUUGA